AUGAUAUCUAGAAACGACAACAACGCGGGAAAAUUGCACUCAUAUUUAAACCGAGAUGCGUCCAGAAUUUCAUUCCUGUCCGCGCGUCUCACAAAACUAGUUAUAUAUCCCUUUCAAAUCGUAAGCGGAUUAUACUUCUUAUGGGAAUAUAUGGGUUAUAUAUCGUUGACCACAAUUAUUGCGCCCAUAGUGUUUGGUCUGGUCAAUGAAAUCAAGAAUAAAGAGAUACAACUGUCGAGACAAUUGGUUUACUGGAAUUCAGAUUGUUUAAAUUACAAUUGUAUCAUGACAUCAAUACUAUUGGAUAAUAUCACGUUCAGUUGGGAUAACGACAAUUCUACAUCAGUUCUUAAGCAAUUAGAUCUAGAAAUUCCGUCCAAAUCGUUGGUCGCCGUAAUCGGUGACAUCGGUUCCGGCAAAUCAUCACUUCUUUCGGCAAUAAUUGGAGAGUUAUUUACAAUUGAGGGCAAUAUAGAAGUGAACGGUUCUGUGGCUUAUGUGCCGCAAAUAACUUGGAUUCAAAGCAAAUCUGUGAGAAAUAACAUUAUAUUUCAAUCAAAAUAUGAGAAGGAGUGGUACGAAAAAGUGGUCAAAUCCUGUGCUUUAGAUUUUGAUUUCAAUAAUUUUGUAAACGGAGACAAAACACUUGUCGGUGAAAAUGGCGUGGAUUUGAGUGGAGGACAGAAACAAAGAUUAUGUCUAUCGCGAGCUGUCUAUCAAAACAGCGAUAUAUACCUUCUCGACGAUCCUCUCAAUUGUGUGGACACACAAACAGCUACUCAUAUAUUCAAUGAAUUGAUUUCCGAUAAAGGAUUGCUUAAAGACAAGACCAGAAUAUUGGUCACAAACGAUCACUCAUUCCUUAAAUUUUGUCACUUAAUUGUAAUCUUAAAAGAGGGCAAAAUUGAUAGAUUUGGGACUUUCGAUGAGCUUAAAAAUAAUAUCGUUUGUUUUAAUCGCAAAGAAGGCAACAAUAAUAACGAAGAAAUAGUUAACUUACAAAACACUAACGAUUCUAAGGAUUCGUCCGAUGAGAUGACAAAUGAUAUUGAAUUCAAAGACAUUUAUGAGUUUCUAAAAAGAACUGGAUUUAAAUUAUUCUUCGUUCUGACAAUCAUUUAUAUAUUUUCAAAUUUGUCUCAAAUCUCAUCCAAAUAUUGGAUAACCGGUUGGACGGACACAGUCGCUCAAUACUUCGCGACCACUCCGGUCAGCAAUUAUGUCAAUCAAUUCUAUACGAGGACAUCAAAGCAACUUCAAAAACUUCAUUUCAAGGGUUAUUCAGUGGUUGGCAGUCAUGUAAAUGAAACAAUGGCCGGAAUCACAUCUAUUCGCACGUUUGGGGCACAGAAUUCAUUCAUCAAUGAGUUUUACAAUAGACUGGAUUCGCAAAUCAAUGUUGAAUAUUGUUUACUCAGUUCGAGUCGAUGUCUCAAAGUUUUGAUUACUAUUUUGAAUUCAAUGGUCAUAUUCUUG